AUGAGAGCCUUUGGCUAUCUCAUCGCUGGCGUGGCACUACUCACCACAACAGCGGCGCAGCUACUACCUGCACAGAAACUCCCUGCUGCCAACGCCGCCUUAAGCAACGGCUGGAGAUACAAAGGAUGCUUCUCUGAUGUGAAUGCUGCCCUCCUCAAUACCGACCGCGCUCUUGGAGGUUACCUCCAGAUACUGAACACCAACGGCGGCGCCGCCUGUACCAGCGUGUGCAGGAGCCAGGGCUUCAAGUAUGCCGGCACAGACGAUAAUGCGUGCUGGUGUGACAACGUUAUCAACCGCAACAACUCGAUCACUGCUGGCAUUGCAGCCCCACUUGGCGACCUCAAUUGCCAGACCGGCUGCCGAGGGAACCUGAACGAGGCUUGUGGACAGACGAAUUUGUUCAUCUCCAUCUAUGAGUUCACUGGUGCGGGGAGCGAUCGGGCGCUCGGUGGUGGAGAGAACUGGUGGGGACCGGGAUGA